AUGUCCCUAGUUUUGACUACUAUUUUGGCUUAUAGAUGCAACUAUGCUGAGAGGAUGAAAAACUUUAAAAAUACUGGUAAGAGAAUUGGUUUAGUUAAUAAAAUUUCUUCAAAAUGGAGACCAAUAAGAAUCACACUUAAUUAUGAUAUUAUAGAAGGAAAAGAAUACGAUCCCAUGUCCUGUAAAAGGGUUGGACAACAAAUUAACGAUCCAUAUGAAGGAAAUAUAAUCUGUGAAGAGCAAGAUAUUAUCAAUAAAAAACAAAUUUUGGCAAUCAAAGGCACAAUAAAUAAUGUAGUAAGGUUCUUAACGAAUGCAGUAAAAGUUCAAUCUCUUUUGGAACCAAUUAUAACUGAAUAUAAUAAUGUAACGCGCAUAUACAACGAUACUGAUUUUGUAAUUAAUGUAUCGUACAAAUUUUCCCAUACUUUUGCUGCUGCAGCAACAGUUGAUCAAAUUGAUGAAAUUUAUAGUCGCCCUAUUAUUGGAAUGAUCUACUUUAAUCCAAGAGAAACUCCAAAUGAAGUUGUAAAUAAAAAUGAUUGGAAUAAUGGAUUAUUUUAUACAGUUCUACAUGAAAUUACACAUGCUCUGGGUUUCUCAAGUAAUUUAUAUGAAUUUUAUCACCCUCAUGAAAACCCAGAGACAUAUAAGAAUAUAACUUGCUAA